AUGAAACCGUUCAAUGGACAAGCGAAGAUGUCAAACGGUACGGGUGAACACGGAUGGCUAAACACUGUGAAGACUGGAUACAGACGGUGGAUUCUGGACAAGAUAGGACCCCCUAUACCCGAGGAGAGAGGCAACACUUUUCUUAUUGAUGUUGUCAAAACUAUUGGGUGUAUGUUUUCCGUAAUUGGGGUGAUCACGACGAUGAGGUGGAUGCUGUCGUCUGCCUCCUCCAAUGUUCUAUUAGAAAACGGAUCGCUGACGUCAGCAGACCAGUGUACGGACAUCAACCACGAGAAUUGUCCAUGGUCACACGUGUUUUCAGACCUAACCAAUCGUCUUCAUUUGAUGGAAAUGGCGUUCAAGGAGCAAGUAGUGGCGCGAGAAACAAUCGAACGAGAAGUCAACAAUCAGUCGGAUUUGAAUACAUUUCUAAACGACAAACUAGCCUUGUUCAACGAAAAAUUGGGAAAUAUCAGCAGGCAGUAUGACCUUAUGGAAACUAGAGUGUCACAGUUAGCCUCAAAGCUCAGAUCUGACGAAAUUUUGGGCUUUAUUUUAUUUCUACUCGUCCUGACCGAGCUGAUCCUAAAGCUAGAACCGAUUGUCCGCCAUUGGCUUGCAAUGCGUGGAAUCAUUCGGACGCCACCGUCAGUUUCAACACCACGUAGGUCAAAUGGAAAGGAGGUUUCGGUUAAAAAGGGUUCAUCUGGCUGCUCGACUCCAAAGCACAUCUUCCUUAGGAACGAAAUGUGUGUGCUUCUAUUCCGAAAAGAGAAUAACAAUAUUUUCACUUCGUUGAUAGAAGCUAUGCUGAAGAACUUUACCGAAGUGAAACUAGCCUCAAACCCAUUCUUCAUCAUAGAAAAUAUUAAUGACGUCAAGAAUGUGCCUCCUGUUAAAUUGUAUGUGGUCAUCUGUGACUGUGAGGUUUCAUCUGGCAAAACAAACGGCUGGGAUUUACACAUAGCGGCGAUUAAAGUCCUCAGGACGAUCACAGUGAAUGUUGUGGUCAUAGUAGCGAACGAUGAGGGGUCCAAGAAGAUGGUGGCACAUUCGAUGUACAAUGAAAAUCUUCGCCUUGUACAUCAUUUCGACCUGCUUCACGACAUUGCUGCCAGUGGUAAGCUCUUCUCCAUGUGGCAGGAGAUGUCUUCACAUCAGAUGAGUCAUCUCCGCAAGUACAUGAGGACUGUGCUGAACGUCAGGCCGAGUCUUACUCCAGUCAGAUGA